AUGGCUUCCUCAGAUGGCCCCAAAUAUGUCUAUAAGAUCGUUCCGUCGAGUGCGCCCAUCCCCGAGUCUUUGCCGGCGAGACUUCCCAUCAGCGAUCUCGACCAACAGUCGGGAUUCAUCCAUCUCUCUACAGCGCUGCAGGUGCCGAACACUUUGAAAUUCUUCUUUAAGGACGAGCCUUGUGUGUACAUGCUCCGAAUUGGAUAUGAGAAAGUCCAGGAGAACAUUCGGUGGGAAAGUCCCGAUGCAAAGGUCUGCGGCCCCCGAGGAGGCGAGGGCAUGUUUCCGCAUCUUUACAAUGGUCACAAGCUGGGAAAGGACGAGAUAGAGAGUGUGGCUACUUGGAAGAAUGAAGAUGGCUGGGACCGUGCAUUAGAGAACGCAGCCUCAUGGCUUGUUUAUUGA